GUUGUUGCGUUCCAUAAAAGCUUAGGGUUCCGAAUUCAAGGGAGGUUAGUCGCCACCGUCCCCUUACGUUAGCUUCUCUCAAUCAUCGGAUAAAUCCAGAUCGUCGAAUUUCUACAGAUUCAGCAAUUAUGGGUGAAGAGGAGGACGCUGUGUCGUUGGAUCAGAAUAGCUCUGGUGGUGGCGAAGAUUCGUCGCUCCGUCGUAAUCGCCAUUCGUCGCCAUUACCGCCACAUCUAUCUUCUAAAGUGCUUACAUUGCCUACCGUGUUAACCCUUGGCCGUGUAGCUGCCGUUCCGAUUCUCGUCGCGACCUUUUACGUCGAUUGCUGGUGGGGGAGAACUGCCACAACGAGUAUUUUCAUUGCAGCAGCCAUUACAGACUGGCUUGACGGAUACAUUGCAAGAAAGAUGAGGUUAGGUUCUGCGUUUGGUGCUUUUUUGGAUCCAGUGGCAGAUAAGCUAAUGGUAGCAGCAACAUUGAUUUUGCUGUGUACUAAACCUAUGGAUGCUAUUGUGUUAGGACCUGUUCCAUGGUUAGUGACAGUACCUUCAAUUGCCAUUAUUGGUAGAGAGAUUACUAUGUCAGCGGUAAGAGAAUGGGCUGCAUCUCAAAACGGCAAGCUUUCUCAGGCUGUUGCUGUAAAUAGCUUGGGAAAGUGGAAAACUGCAACGCAGAUGAUAGCGUUAACCAUACUGCUCGCAAGCCGGGAUAGCAGUUUUGAGAGGCUAUUACCGUCUGGUAUUGGGUUGCUCUAUGUAUCUGCAGGGCUCUCUGUAUGGUCUUUAGUUGUUUAUAUGAGACAGAUUAUGAGAGUAUUGCUAAAGAAGAAGUAGCAACAUUUUAUUUUUCUGGCUUUUUGCAUUCAGUAUAUACACAUAGAAUGGAAGA